CGCCGAUCCAUCCCACACCUGGCCGCUCUACUUCUGUAUAUAUACGAGGAGCCUCCCACGCGGACUGCGAGGACCAACGUACCCAUCCAUCCGCUCACCGAUCGCCAUGGCCGUGGACGCGCAGCGCCUCCUCUUCGCCACUGCCCAACACCAGCCUCCCUCCGCCGCCCUCGGGCGGCCGGGCGCGGCUAUGCCGAUGAUGGCUGGCGCCGCGGCUCCGGCGUUCUCGCCAUGUUACGGCGGCGUCGCGGUGGGGAGCCACCAGCAGCAGCAGGCCUACCUGUCAUCGUCGUCUUCGCCCUACAUGGGCCUCGUUCCGGCGCCGGCGCCGCAGCAAGCGUCGGCGGGAGGGCAGCAGGAUCAGUACACGGAGUUCCUCGCGCUAGCCGCGGCCGAUCUCGCCAAGAGGGGCGUCAGCCUCCACGGCGCCCAGGAAAUGGUCGCCGGCUACAAGAGGAAGCGCGACGACCACUCGUCGCCGGCGAGCGUGCUCGCGGCCCACGCGCAGCAGCAGGCGGCCGCCGUCGACCGCGUCCUGCUCAAACACGCGGCCAACAUGUGGACGGCUCUGGCGGAGCAGCGCAAGAGGCACGCGCGGCUCAUCCUCUCCACCGUCGAGGCCCGGGCGGCGAAGCGGCUCAAGGCCAAGGACGAGGAGAUCGACCGGCUCAGGGGCUUGAACUGGGCGCUCGAGGACAGGCUCAGGAACCUCUACGUCGAGGCGCAGAUGUGGCGCGACAUGGCGCAGUCCAGCGACGCCGCCGCCACCGCGCUCCGCGCCGACCUGCAGCGGGCGCUCGACGCGCAGGCGGUCCGUGGCGGCGGCAUCGGCGGCGACGCGGAAGACACCGGGUCCUGCUGCUGGGGGGACAACAACCGCGGGGACGACGAGGAGGAGGAGGUCAGGACGCCGGUGGCGACGGUCGUCGGGACGUGCAAGGGGUGCGGCGAGGGCGACGCCGUCGUGCUGAUGCUGCCGUGCAGGCACCUCUGCGUGUGCGCGUCAUGCGCGGCCACGGCGCCGGCGUGCCCGGCCUGCGGGUGCGCCAAGAACGGCACCGUCUGCGUCAACUUUUCCUGAUGCGGGCAAGGAAUAGUUUAGAGUCGACUUUUUUUUUUUCCUUUCUCUUAUAUAUGAAACUUGGUAGAGUCGACUUUGUAGUUUUGUACCCUUCUCCUCUUUUUUUGUUCCUUAGAUAGAUAGAUGGGGGGUGCAUUAUAGCGCGAUGGUUGUUCGAAUGACCUCGCUUAGAGAGGAUGAGUGCCCCCCAACUCCUUUCUUCGGUUUAGUUUAGCUUUUCUUCUCAACAUGUUGGAUCAAUUGUUCAACAAGAUGAGAAAACGUUCUGAAUAUUGCAUAUCAGUGCUUUAAA